UGAAAAGCAGCUUAAAUAUAGGAAAUGUUGGCACGCCUUGAAUAUAUUUUAUACGUGAGUCGUCGACAUAGAGAAUAAGUUUGGACUUUAUAUUGUCAGCGCGGUUUGCUCAAAUUAAAAAAAAAUGAAACCGAAACCAGAAUUAACUACCGAAGCAGCAUGGAUUAAAUUGCAAGAAUAUUUUGACGUAAAUGGUUCAAAAAUAAAUAUAUAUAAUCUUUUUCAACAAAAUCCAAAACGUUUUGAGAACUUUAAGCACAAGCACGUGAAAUAGAAGCUGCAAGAAAUGCCAUGUUUACUGGAGAAAAAAUUAAUUUUACAGAGAAUAGAUCAGUUUUACAUAUUGCAUUACGCAAUAGGCUUAAUAAGCCAAUAUUAGUUGAUAAUAAAGAUGUAAUGCCAGAAGUAAAUGCUGUAUUAAAUCAUAUGAAACAGUUUACUAAUGAGGGUCCUUUAAUGGUAACCGAAGCAUUGAAAGCAUUUCAUGUUGGACCACGAGUCCAUUUUGUUAGUAACAUAGAUGGAACUCACAUAGCUGAAACUUUAAAAAAAUUGAAUCCAGAAACAACUCUUUUCAUAAUAGCAUCAAAAACAUUUACCACUCAAGAGACUAUUACAAAUGCCACUUCUGCUAAAAUAUGGCUUUUAGAUACUUUAAAAAAUCCUGCAGCAGUUGCAUGUCAUUUUGUUGCAUUAUCUACUAAUAAUCAAAAAGUGAAAGAAUUUGGUAUUGAUGAGAAAAAUAUGUUUGGAUUUUGGGACUGGGUUGGAGGACGUUAUUCAUUAUGGUCAGCUAUUGGUUUGUCAAUUUGUUUGUCUAUUGGGUUUGAAAAUUUUGAAAAAUUAUUAAAUGGAGCAUAUUUUAUGGAUCAACAUUUUUGUAGUGCUCCAUUGGAGAAAAAUGCAAUUAUAUUGGCUCUUCUUGGAAUAUGGUAUCACAAUUUCUACAAAGCUGAAACACAUGCAUUGUUGCCAUACGAUCAAUAUUUACAUAGAUUUGCUGCUUAUUUCCAACAAGGAGAUAUGGAGAGUAAUGGAAAAUAUGUGACUCGUGCAGGAAAAACUGUCAAUUAUGGCACUGGUCCAAUUGUGUGGGGAGAACCAGGCACUAAUGGACAACAUGCAUUUUAUCAAUUAUUACAUCAGGGAACUAGACUUGUUCCUGCUGAUUUUAUAAUUCCAAUACAAUCACUUAAUAAGGUUCAAGGAAAUCUUCACCAUAAAAUAUUGCUUGCAAAUUGUUUUGCACAAACCGAAGCUUUGAUGAAAGGAAAAAAUGAAAAUGAAGCACGAGUUGAGUUAGAAAAAGCAGGAAUAAGUCCUGAACAAAUAAAUUUAUUAUUGCCACAUAAAAUAUUUGAAGGAAACAGACCUACUAAUACUAUUCUUCUUAAGAAAAUAUCGCCUUUUAUUCUUGGAGCUUUGAUUGUGUUGAAUUAGGGAAGCAGUUGGCAAAGGUAAUUGAACCUGAAUUAGAAAGCACUCAAACUAUUGCAAGCCAUGAUUCAUCAACAAACGGAUUGAUUGCAUUUGCUAAGAAUCAUAGUUCAUAAAAGUUCCUCAAAUGAUACAAAAUGAAUAAUUGAGAGAUAAUAAUAUUUUAGUAAUUGUUAAUUGUUACAGGCAAAAUUAUGUUAAAAUGUAUUCAAAAUAUAGAAAAAUAAUUUUUUAAUAUUCUUUUAUUAAUUAUUUUCAAACUGUAUUUAAUAUAUUUAGGGAUAUUAUACAGUUUGAAAUGUAUAGCAUAUCGGUGUACUCAUUGAAGUACUAUAAAUGAAAAGUGUAAAAUUGUAAAUUGUUAAGUGAUAUAUAAUAUAUAAAAAUUA